UGGUGACAGCGCGGGCGAGGGUCGCAGAGCCUUACCGGGCUCCUGAACUGGCACUGGUGCAGCCCUCGAGGCGGGCACGUGAAGAUUCACUUGAUGGCUACCGAGACUGGAGCUCAGCCGAGCUAAGCCCGCCAAGCUCGCAGGGCUCUCGGGAUUUGCGUCUGUCCAGCGUCAGAACCUACUCUGAGGUGGCCCGUGCCUCCGAGGCUGAGCACCGCCUGUUUGAGCACCUGUUCGAGGACUACAACGAGAUCAUCCGGCCCGUGACUAACGUGUCCAACCCCGUCAUCAUCCAGUUCGAGGUGUCUAUGUCUCAGCUGGUGAAAGUGGACGAAGUGAACCAGAUUAUGGAGACCAACCUGUGGCUCAAGCAGAUCUGGAAUGACUACAAGCUGAAGUGGAAUCCCUCCGACUACGGGGGAGUGGAGUUCAUGCGCGUGCCUGCGGAGAAGAUCUGGAAGCCGGACAUUGUGCUGUAUAACAACGCUGUCGGGGAUUUCCAGGUGGACGACAAGACCAAAGCCCUCCUUAAGUACACAGGGGAGGUGACGUGGAUCCCUCCAGCCAUCUUCAAGAGCUCAUGCAAGAUUGAUGUGACCUACUUUCCGUUUGAUUACCAGAACUGCACCAUGAAGUUCGGGUCCUGGUCCUAUGACAAGGCUAAGAUCGACCUGGUCCUGAUUGGCUCCUCCAUGAACCUCAAGGACUACUGGGAGAGCGGGGAGUGGGCCAUCAUCAAGGCCCCGGGCUACAAGCACGACAUCAAGUACAACUGCUGCGAGGAGAUCUACACGGACAUCACCUACUCCCUGUACAUCCGGCGCCUGCCGCUCUUCUACACCAUCAACCUGAUCAUCCCGUGUCUGCUCAUCUCCUUCCUCACCGUACUCGUCUUCUACCUGCCAUCUGACUGCGGCGAGAAGGUGACGCUCUGCAUCUCGGUGCUGCUGUCCCUGACCGUCUUCCUGCUGGUCAUCACCGAGACCAUCCCGUCCACCUCGCUGGUCAUCCCUCUCAUUGGCGAGUACCUGCUCUUCACCAUGAUCUUUGUCACCCUCUCCAUCGUCAUCACAGUCUUCGUGCUCAAUGUGCACUACCGGACGCCGACCACACACACGAUGCCCACAUGGGUGAAGACCGUCUUCCUGGACCUGCUGCCGAGGGUCAUGUUCAUGACCAGGCCAGCUGGUGGCCAGGGCCACACCGCGAACCCAAGGGCCCUGAAUGGCACCGAGCUCUCAAACCUGAACUGCUUCAGCCACGUGGAGUCCAAGGGCUGCAAGGAAGGCUACCCCUGCCAGGAGGGAACGUGCAGCUACUGCCACCACCGCAGGGUGAAGAUCUCCAACUUCAGUGCCAACCUCACGAGGAGCUCCAGUUCUGAGUCUGUCGAUGCAGUGCUGUCCCUCUCGGCUCUGUCGCCAGAAAUCAAAGAGGCCAUCCAGAGUGUCAAGUACAUUGCCGAAAACAUGAAAGCCCAGAAUGAAGCCAAAGAGAUUCAGGACGACUGGAAAUAUGUCGCCAUGGUGAUUGAUCGCAUCUUUCUGUGGGUCUUCAUCCUGGUGUGCAUCCUGGGUACAGCAGGGCUGUUUCUGCAACCCUUGAUGGUCAGGGGUGAUUUGUGAGCCAGAGUUGUGUUUGCCUGAGGGAGGGAGGGAGGGAGAAAAGGGGAUGUUUCUUAGUAGUGACAUACUUGGUUACCAUGCUACCAGCUUUGCUUUGCUAUUUCAAGGUUACUUAUUUCCAGUGACCUUGAUUUUUGGCAAAAACAAUCAUGCAAGAAAAAUACCUAGCUUACUAUAAAUAAGUGAACAUUUAGUCUUUUCAGUAAGGAAAAUGUGAAAAUAUAACUGACAAUAUGCUGUACAACAUGUGUCACACGUUCCAUUUUUCAGUGGUUGAAUCCUAGCUGGUGAGAAAAACUUGCUGUUCAGAAACAUGAAAUAAUAGGUUUCCCAGAGGUUUUACUCAUUUGGCCCAUAAUCUCCUUGAAGUUUGAGUCUAUUUCAGCAGGUCCCCCACCAUACCAUUUCUUACUGUGCAUUUCUUAAUCUUUGCUGCCUUUCCAGAGUCUCAGUGUCACACCUCCAUAGUCUUUAUUCUGCAUAAUUCUCACCUUAGGCCAUAAGAAGUUAUACCAAGUUACACAUUCACUCAUUGUUAAUGAACUUUCUUGCUUUUUGUGGGCACAUAGCACAAAAUGCCAUCAACAAUUUGGCAAACAAAUUUGUCCCAGUUUUUGGAGCCUGGGAUGUCCAAGAUAAAGGCAUGGACAAGCCUUGGGGUCUGGUGAACCACUCUCCCUUACAGAGGAUGCCCUCUGGCUGUGUCCUCCCCUGCUCCCCUGACUGAGGGGCUGUCUCUGGGUUUCUUUUUUUUUUUUUUUUUUUUU